AUUGACCCUCUGGAGCAUAAAUAGCAAAAACAUCAAAACAACCCUGUCAUCAUGUAUCGCGCUGGCAACUGUGAAGUCGAUCAGCGCAGUUAGUAUGCGAAACAAUACCGAAGCGGGUACCAAUCAGUAUCAUAUAAGCAACAUGGCGCUACCCAUGAGCGAAGUGAGAGGCAAAGCUGCUUCAAUUUGUGAGGCAAAUUCUCAGCUUCCAGCGUGGAUGAAAGCUGAAGAAAAAACAGGGACGACUAUUAUGGCUGUGGAGUUUGACGGAGGGGUGGUCAUAGGGGCAGAUUCCAGAACCACAUCUGGUGCCUACAUUGGCAACCGGGUGACCGACAAACUGACCAAGGUCCACGAUUACAUCUACUGCUGUCGGUCAGGUUCGGCAGCAGACACCCAAGCCAUCGCCGACAUCGUCUCUUAUCAGCUGGAUUUCCACAGCAUGAACGAAGGAGAGGCCCCCCUCGUCCGAACAGCGGCCAACCUGUUCAGGAACAUGUGUUACGAGUAUAGAGACUCACUGUCGGCAGGGAUCCUUGUAGCCGGAUGGGACAAAGUCAAAGGCGGACAGGUAUAUUCCGUUCCAAUUGGGGGCAUGAUUGUACGUCAGCCGGUUGCCAUGGGAGGUUCAGGAAGCACGUAUCUCUAUGGUUACCUUGACUCAUCCUACAAGGAGAACAUGACCAAGGAGGAAUGCCUCCAGUUCAUUGCAAAUGGUCUGGCCCUGGCCAUGAUGCGAGAUGGUUCGAGUGGUGGCAUCAUUCGGCUAGCUAUUAUCACAAAAGACGGCGUCGAACGAAAGACAAUCCUUGGCAACGAGCUACCAAGGUUCUACGAGGGAUAGAUUUGUAUCUAGAUGUAAUUAAUUAAGUGUGUAGGUGUUCCACUGUAUCAACCAACAGACCUAUUGAGAUGAUUCAGGGCUUGGGAACUUCACAUUGCACACUAAUUGAUGUAACCUUUAUUCCUGUGCAUUUUUUGCUGGGAGGUAUCAUCCUACAUUUGUGAAAACUCAAUACUCCGCAGUGUAAACCCUGUUUGCACCUCUCCUUGCCUUUAUCAGAAUUUGAACGUCAUUCUCAUUUGCUGAUACCGCACAAAGGCAGAGGCAUGAAACCUGGCGGUAAGGAGCUGUAACCCCAACCCUGCUUGCCUCUCCCCUCCCAGGAGUAUAAAUGGGUACAUGUACCUGUUAGUAUGGUUAGGGCAGAGAUGGUUGUCGUGGUGAAAGCUGUUUGCGCCAUACCCUAUGUUUAUGGGAGGAAAAAUAACGAUGCAGCGCCUUCAGCAACAUUAAUGACGGACGUGAUCGCUUUUAUAAAAUACUCUUCAUAGUUAUAAACAGGUGUUGGACUUUGCAAACAUUGGUUAGUUGGGAAUCCCAAAGGUUAAAAGGGAGACGCAGUUCAAUAACGCCAAUUAAUCAGGGGCCCCCUAACCUUGUAGUCCAUACAGGCUGUGUGCUUCAGUGAGAGUAAUCUCCAUUACGCCAAUUCACGUGGGUGAUGCAUGCACCUGCUAGAGUGCAUAUUGCACCACCCUAUUCCCAUAUUUCACCAUAAUGUGCACAAUCCCAGCAAAGUAGCGUCAAACAGUUUGAUUUUAGUUACCAAAAUCACAUUUUUCAAUGUGAUAUACUCAGAAAACACAACUUUUUGCUCAUAUAAACUGCUUAUGAACAGAAAAAAACAGUCCUCUGACAGACCAAAGUUCUGUAACCCAGCCAACUUCCGUUGUAACUGAAUACAGUCUAGUUACAUCUUUCAGCAGAGCCAGUCAGUGUUAUUAAUAAACUGUCACCUGUGAACAAUC